UGCCACCUCUUGCACAUAUCAGCUAUUGACUAGAGUCUCCCUUUUUGACUCUCUUCACCCUUCUCUCACUAUUUUUUGCCUUUCAGGCUUCAGCUUUUCCAAUCCAUUUCCUCACCUUUUCACCUUUAAGUCACAAAUUCUUCUAGACCCUUACAUCCACAAUCAUACAUAGAAACUAUCUAUUUUGUUGUUCCUUCUCGCUCUACUGAAACGUAUGGCAUCAAUGUCUUCCCGUGGUUCUGGCUCUUGGACUGCUAAGGAGAACAAAGCCUUUGAAAAGGCCCUUGCUGUGUAUGAUAGAGAUACCGCUGACCGUUGGCAGAAUAUUGCCAGGGCUGUGGGAGGAAAAACUGCAGAGGAAGUGAAGAGGCAAUAUGAGAUCCUUGUGGAGGACGUCAAGCACAUCGAGCAGGGCCAAGUUCCCUAUCCAAACUACAAGAACUCUGGGAAAAUUAAGUGAAGAUGAAGUGAUGAACCAAGGGUCACAAAUUCCGUAGCUCCGGUGAAUUACAAUAACGUUCUAGCCAUUAUGCUUCUAUGUACUACUACAACUCCUACCAAGUAAUUGAGGAACGGAAUCACGUUCUUCUUCCUGUUAUCGUUAUGUUCUCGACCUAAUUAAUCAUCCGUUAGUCUCCCGAAUGUGUAGCUCCUUUCAUCAAUCAAUUUCAGUGUAACCAGUUCUAUGAAAUGGAAUGUAUGUGUUCAAAGUAA